UGUGCCUACCCGGUGGUAGGCAGAAUGUUCGUUGUCUCUCACUGAGAGAGCGAUUAUUAUCAUCCAAAUUUCCGUCUGGGUCUCGAACGGCAGAGUAUUCGAGCGAAACAGUUGUAUGUGUUGUUCCGUCUGUGAGGAAAACACAUCAAGGAUCACUUGAAUAGGCCUAUUGCUGCAUGUGCUUGAGCUUCAAAAAUUAGCCGUUUCAAAAAGGAAAGUACCAAAGCCGAAGAAGAAUGGCUUCCGGAAAUGUGUACAAUAAAAGUAUUUGUGAUGAAAUAAAACCGUUUCUUCAAAAACAGUUUAACUGUUGCAUGAUGUGUUCUGGUUUCUAUGGAGCAAAUUUUGGAGAGCCGGUUUGCAACACAUGUCACCUGUUUCUGUUUUCCAUGGAUGUAGACAAAGAAGAUGGGGAAGCUGAUGUAUACACAGAAAAAGCUGAUUCAGAAGACUCGGGUACCGAGGAACCCGGUGCAGAAGUUGACUUCUAUCCAACUCAGGAAGAUCAAGCAUCAAAGACGACCAAGUCAUCACUCAUUCACAAGAUGGACAAACUGACCGAGAGGUUACACAUGUUGACGGUUGUCAGGGAAACGGACCAUGUUCCUGAUGGUCUGGUAGACUCGUUACCCCCAGAAGUGUUACUGGUUGUCUUCAAGCACCUCGAUGAUAUCUCUCUCUGGACCGCUGGUAAUGUGUGUGCGCGCUGGCGGCAGAUUCUUGAUGGAGAAACAAACGAAUCCAAGUGGAAGCACUUCAUCUGUUUGAGAUGGCCACUGUUCCGACCACAGUACCAAGUGAAAUGCUGGAAGACCAUAUACACCAAACUAGUGGAGAGUUCGCCAUGUCGUUAUUGUCUUGAGAGUAUGAUGUUGCAGAGCACACCACCUAUUGAAGAGAACUCUUGGCGACACCGUCGAUUACGCAGCGAACUAAAGACGUUAAAAUCUGACCCACCUGAAGGUAUUCAGGCCACACCCCUCGAUCGACACUGCUGUCAUUGGCAGGCAUCUAUCACAGGUCCACAAGGAAGUCCGUACGAAGGUGGUAUCUUCCUGCUCUAUCUACAGAUACCCCAAAGCUAUCCAAUGCGACCACCAAAAGUCAGAUUUAUCACAAAAAUGUUUCAUCCAAAUAUAAGUCGCCAUGGUGAUGUGGGACUUGACUCUAUUCAUCACAACUGGAGUCUGGCAUUGACAAUAUCAAAAGUUCUUGUUAGUAUUCAGUCACUGCUCACAGACCCAUACUGUUCGGUGUGCAUGGAGCCCGCCAUCGGUAAACUGUACAAGAAAAACUUCCCAGAGUUCGAAAGAAUUGCCAGGUUGUGGACCUGGAAGUAUGCAAUGUUGGACUAUCUUAUUCCCAUAAACAUCAGCAUGGAUGGUGUAUAGUGUAUAGAAGUUGAGGUGGGACAUUAGCUUGGAUGGUGUAAUACACUAUACAGUAUAGUGUAUAGAUAUUUGGGUGCGACAUUACCUUGGAUGGUGUAGUACACUACACAGUAUAGUGUACAGAUGUUUGGGUGCGACAUUACCUUGGAUGGUGUAGUACACUACACAGUAUAGUGUACAGAUGUUUGGGUGCGACAUUACCUUGGAUGGUGUAGUACACUACACAGUAUAGUGUACAGAUGUUUGGGUGCGACAUUACCUUGGAUGGUGUAGUACACUAUACAGUAUAGUGUAUAGAUGUUUGGGUGCGACAUUACCUUGGAUGGUGUAAUACACUAUACAGUAUAGUGUAUAGAUGUUUGGGUGCGACAUUACCUUGGAUGGUGUAUAGGUACAAAUGUUGAGGUUGGACAUUAGCGUGGAUGGUGUGUAGGGCCUCCACUAGUUCAAAAUAUUGGACUCAAUUACUCAAGUCUCAAUUACUCAAAGGCCUCAAUUACCAGAGUACCCCCCCCCCCCCCCCCCCCCAAAAAAAGAAGUAUAAUUAAUUAAAAAUUAAAUAGGGUACUCUUCCUUGCACGGGUACUAAAGUGAAUGGACUCGAGUCUUUGCUAGACUUGGCCCAUGUCCCUAAUGGUGUAUAUGGUGAAAUAACGGGGGGGGGGGGGGGGGGGGGUGUCUUUGCAGACCAAUGCUGCCAUUUACCUCAUCUCUGUGAAAUUUUGAAAUUCUCACUUGUGGAAGUUUUAAGCAUGCCUACAGCAGUUUUAAUAACAAAUAUUAAAACCAAAAGUUGUACCUUCAA